UUACAGACUGCUUAAACCCUGACUCAGACUUGAGGUUUUGAGUUUUGAACACUAUAAAUAGACUCCCUCCGUCUUCUUUCUCUCCCUUAUUAGGGUUUGCGCCGAAGCCUUAUUCUCUCAAGUCAGAGAAGAAGCCGCUCUCCUUCUCAGACGAAACUUGUGCAGCAAUUUACUGGAAAACCGGAGCAAUGUCAGACUAUCUUCCUCAGGAAGUCAUAACCAAUAUAUUACUUAGACUACCCAGUAAAUCUCUGGUCAUAUGCACCUCAGUCUGCAAGUCGUGGAGGUCCAUGAUUAAAGACUCAAGCUUUAUUGGCGCCCACCUCAGCCGAACUAUCAAUUUUAACAACCACCAUGGCACUCACCUCCUACUACUUCACAGGUUUUCUAGCAUCAGUGACCACAGGAGUUCAGUCCACGGGGUAAAAGAGGAGGUUUACUCUUUGCAUUAUGAUAACAAUGCUUUUGAUGAUUGCUGUGAGAUAGCAUUUCAAUCUCCAAUUGCUGAUACGGAAAUGUAUAAUGAGUGUUUCCGUGUGGUUGGUGUUUGUAAUGGGCUGGUAUGCCUCGCAGAUGAUUUAGAACGCUAUGGUUACAACUUCUUGAUAUGGAAUCCCUCUAUAAGAAAGUUAGUAACCCUUCCCAAGCCUGGCCUUACCUUUCAGACUGUUGGUGGGUAUUAUGCUUAUCAUGGGUUCGCAUUUGAUGCUAUUACCAAUGACUAUAAGGUUGUGAGGCUUGUCUAUUAUGAAUAUGAAUGGACGGAGGAAGAAACUCAUAAUCGAACUUCUGUGGAGGUUUAUUCCCUAGCUGCAGGCUCAUGGAGUAGUCCUAGAUUUGUUGAUCCCCAAUGUUCGUUGCUUGGACAACGCUUAUCCCAGGCUUUUGUUAAUGGGGCUCUUCAUUGGGAUGCAUACGGUUUGGGAAGUAAGCUACAUUAUAUAUUGGCAUUUGAUGUGGGCAGUGAGUUAUUCCGGGAGAUAAUGAUGCCAAAGAGUUUGGAUUGGGAUUUAUUUAAGCCAUGGCAUGGAGACUUGUCAUUGGAUUGUCUGUUUCAGGAGAUGGAAAAUCCCUUGCUCUGUUCAUGAGGUAUGAUGGUUAUAUAAAUCCCAAUUCUUUACUGGAUGUAUGGGUAAUGAAAGAGUAUUGUGUGGAGGAGUCGUGGACCAAAUUGGUAACUCUCCGUCCACAAGGUCCACAAAGAAGUUUACCUAGAGCUUUAUGUUUUAGGAAGAGCGGUGAAGUAGUAAUGGUACGUAAUCUUAAGCAGCAUUAUGGAGGCGAAGAAGCUAUAAAUGAAUUAGUUUCGCUAGAUCUUGUGAGUGGACAAUUCAAGAAUCUUGGGAUUUGUGGAUAUAAAUAUUACACUAUUGAUCCUUAUGAAGAAAGCAUUGUCUUACUUGACAGGAAUGGAGCAGUUUCUUGCUGAGGAAUAGAAGAGGUAAGUUGAUUAUGUGGAGAGCUGUUUUUCCAUAUAUUUUUAUGGUCUUGAUUUUGUUCGUAUAUAUGAUCAUUAGAUUUUAUAAUCGCAACAAUGUUUCAUAUUUCGUAUUUGUAAUACAUUUUCUGUCAUUUAUUCAGGAUGAGUGUCUUUUAACUUUUAAGUGCUUGCAAAACAGUAGACUGGAACAUUUGGUCA